UAAUAAAAUGGUUUUGUCCUUAUGGGUUAUCUCGAUCUCUAGCACGUAGUAGUAACAUAUCACAAAGUAAUUUUAAUAUAUAAGAUAAAAAAUAAAUCGUCGGUACUGAUCCGGUGGGUGCCAACCCUAACAUUGACAAGCAUACAAGAUGUACAUAUACUUACGUCAAAUAUACGUACCCAUCAGUUAUAACUGAACCAUUCGUCUGAAACAGACUGUUAAUUACUUACUUUUAAAAUAGAAUUUCAAUUAAAAUAUUUAAAGACGUAGGUAUUGUAUGAUAAAUCAGACGUAUAUAAUGCAAGGCAAAACUACGGUAUCAGUGGAUACGGAUAAAAAUAGAGGAAACACGGCAAGACCCUACAGCUACGACGAGGCGAUAGAAUUGGCGGGCAAUGGGUGGUACAACCGUGGUCUUCUCGCGACCCUUAGCAUAUCACUGCUGGGCAUGGGCAUCGACAUGUUUGGCUUCUCCGUGAUCGUGACCGGCUGCGCCUGCGACUUCCACUUGGAGCACAGCCAGAAGAGCAUCCUCAUGUCCAUGCCGUUUAUUGGGGCGAUAGGCAUGGCAUACGUCUGGGGCUAUCUCUCUGACACUAAAGGUCGAAGGAUGUGUCUUCUCUACGGCAUGUGGGGAGGGUUUAUCUCCUCCAUCCUCACCGCUUUCUCUCCCAAUUGGAUUGUUCUGGCUGUUCUCAAGGUCUUCAGCACCAGUUUAUGCAGUUCAGCACAGUCAUGCACGGUGACACUGCUAGGGGAGUCGUGUACAGCGAAGGUGCGGGACUUUUACCUGCUCAUCAUGAGUAGUGUGCUUAUGCUCUAUCUCCUGUCGUAUGUUGUACCAGGAUAUUUCAUUUUAAGUCUUCCUUUUUCCAUCAAUCUUGGCUUCAUUUACUUCACACCUUGGAGAUUGCUGGCUAUCAUCUUGUCUUUGCCACUUGGUAUCAGUGCACUGGGUCUUCAUUUCUUCUACGAGAGUCCCAAGUUCUUAGUUAACAUAGGCAAGGAAGGUCAAGCGUUGAAUCACCUUCAAGGAAUUUGGGCUAGGAAUGGAGGAAUCCAUGAAUAUCCGGUUCAAAAAGUUUACCUGAACGAAGAACAGAAAGUAAAUCGGAAAGGCGUUUCGAUUCUGCAAUCGCUUGUGGAUCAGACGAUACCUCUCUUCAAGCCACCGCUACUGUUGAAUUCCUUGCAAAUGUUUUAUUUGAUUACCAUAAUUUACAGCAUCAACAACAGCCUGGUAAUGUGGAUGCCAUUAAUAGUAGACGCAUUUGGGUCUGGAGUCCACGCUGAAGGGAAACAAGAUUCUACAAGUCUAUGUUCCAUUAUAUCUAGCACGGAGGGAGGCAACAGUACCAUACUUCACAGCUGUACUUCGUCAAUAGAACUGAGCACUUUACUAUCAGGUGUAGCUCAUGGUAUUAUCUUCUCUGGCGUCACGGUCUGCGUGUCUAAAUUGGCUUCUAAGAAAAAGUAUUUGCUGAUAACCUUCCUGCUGAUCACGAUGCUGUCGACCCUGGGUGCAGUCUUCAACGAGAAUAACGUCGUCAGUCUCGUGCUGUUUGUUGGCAUGCUGAUGACUAAUUUAUGCAUGGGAAUCCUGUUUACUUACUACGUGGAUAUGUUCCCCACUUCUUACCGUGGCAUGGCUGCCUGUUUGGGGGUGAUGGUGGCGAGACUAAGUGGCGUGGCGGGGGUCAAUUUCUUAGGCUCCAUGAUUGUGACCCACUGUGCCAUAACCUUCUACGCGUUUGGCGUUUAUUUACUCAGUGGUAUAAUAGUAUCCUGUUUCCUGCCAUGACACGU